AUGGCGGACACCGGGCAGAAAGUAGAGCUGGAACUGUUGUUCUUUGAUACAUUUUCACAUGAAAAUGCCGAGGAGCUAAAUCUGGACCUUGUCCAGUUCCCAAGACCAGUUUUGAUCCAGGAAGUAAGAAUUAUCCCACUGCAGACCAGAGUUCAAGCUGAUGUCCCAGGAGGUGUUAGACUAGGAGCAACAAAUCCAUCCUCGUUUGCACUGGAGCUGUACGUGAAUAAUUUAAAUCGACCUAAUGCUGCCACAUUUGAGAAGCUAGGAGUCAUUAAUUACAAAGAAAAUGUGGACAUACAGAUGAAAACAGAUGCCGAGGUUCCCACAGAUGGACUGAUUCUAAAGGGAUGGUAUAACACGCUGACUGUGGCUAUUUAUGGGUCACUUACUGUGGUCAAACCAGAGACUGUAUCACCUCCUCCCCCUCCUCCCCCACAGCCCAGAGUUAAACUACCUGUUGAUGUGAGAGGAAGCCAAGCUUCAGAACCACCUAGUAGACCAGAAUGGGAACCGCCACGCCAAGGGACCAAACCCCAACAGCAGCACCCACUGGACUAUAUAAACCAACAGGUACAGGCUGCCCAGGCAGCAGCCCAAGCUGCUCAGGCUCACAUACCCCCCACCCAGGGCAUCCCUCCCUCACAGGGUAUCAUGGCACCAGGGAUACUCCAGCCAGUGGUACCACCUCCAUCUAAACCAGAUAUCUACCCAGACCAGUAUCACCAGCAGUCUCAACACAGGCCCGACUUCAUGGCCAGCCCUAACAAAGGUCUGGAGCCAAGGGAAGGUCAUUACGACCCAAGGGGAGAGCCAAGACCUGGAAAAGAUGGACAGUUUGGAGGCAAACCUUAUGAGGAGCAAGACUAUAGAGGAGGCAGCAGAGAGAGAGAAACCUCUAGAGACAGAGAUGUGAGAAGGGAAAGUGAUAGGGAACAUAAGCAAAAAGAAUGGGAGAGAUUUAGAGAAAGGGAAAGAGAACGCUCAAGGGAGAAGGAAAGAGAAUUCAAAGAAGGUGAAACUAGAGACUAUCCAAGGAGUCCUUCUAGAAGGAGAUCGUGGUCAAGAUCACAGUCCAGAUCAAGGUCUAGGUCAUAUUCAAGAUCACCAAGAAGAACACCUUCAAGAUCACCACGACGAUCAGCAUCAAGAUCACCAAGGAGGUCAGUUAGGUCUUUGUCACAUUCUCCAAGAUCUUACUCCAGGUCACCUCAAAGGAGGUCCAGGUCACCUCAGAGAAGGUCAAGGUCACCAAUAAGAUCAAGAUCCAGAACACCUAUUAGAUCUAGGUCAAGGUCAUAUACACCAGAAAGACAGAACAUGGCAACACCUAGAUCACCCAUGCAGACUCCUUUGUCUCCCAGGUCAAGGUCACAAUCUCAUGAGCAAGAGUCCCCCAUUCGACCUAUUCCAAGACAUCCUAGAGAUCCUUCACCUCAGUUCUUCAGAGAGCCAUCCCCCACACAGGAGGAGAUCAUGGAGGCAGGUGAAGUGAUUGAUGAGGUUGGAGAUGACACGCUGUUUGAGCCUCUGUCGCCUGAUGCUGUAGGAUAUUCAGAUCAGGAUGAACUUCAGGAUGUUGACAGAGACUAUGAAAGCAUAUCAUCAGGUGAUGAGCUGCCAAACAUGGAUGAACUUGAUCCUGAUUUACAGGACUUUGAGGAAAUUGAUGAAUCUUGUACUUUUCCUACAGUAUUCAAUCCUUUUACCAAGGAAUGCACCCCUUUACAGACCUUCCCAGAUGUGACUAUGACAGAGUAUGAACUAGAAAAACAGAAGCUAGAGAAUGACCCAAACAGUCAAACGGAGUGUCCUCCAGAGGCCAAGGUCAUUCUAUCUGUGAUAGACCAGUUCCUGGGAGCUGACCACCAUGAUAAAUGGAUCAUUGUCUUGGAAGAACUGCCAGCAAAUUUUGCCAAGGGUUUAUCUUGGUUGUUUGUAAAAGAGAACAGGAAAGAUAUUGUGGAAACAUUGAUUGACUGGAUGUUAGAGGGACUGGAUGAAGAGAAAGCAAUGAACCAACCAGAAGGGGCGUUUAAAGUUCGCCACCUUAAGAUGGGCAUCACAUUGGCGGGGGCUCUCUGUUCAUGUGAACCAGAUCUUUGUGUUCAAGCUUUGGCAAGAGGUGUCCAGACUAAGUUAAUCAAGCUACUGGAAUCACCUUUCAUGUCUUUCUCCUUAAAAGUACAAAUUGUGAGAGCUUUGGACCAGACCACAUACUUUAUAGAUGGCAUACAGUGGUUGCUGGGGAUACAUGAUAUACAGAAAGACGUCAAGGUGGAAGGAGAAAAGGAAACUGAUUUCCAAAGAAUUCUAAACUUGAUGCUGGGAAAACAGAACAUCAGAGUAAUUGUAGCUCUAACAGCAUUUGUAAAGAAGAUCAACACAUUUGAGCUACUUCAGAAGAUGAAUACAGAAGUGAAAAGUAUAAUGGAGGCCACACCCCCAGAAGAGAAGAGAGAGGAGAGCAGUGACCAGGAGAUGGAGCCACUGUCUGAUGAAGGGGUCAUCAGUGAGAUCACUGUAGAAAAUGUUAUAUCCUACAUCAAGGAAGCCACCAAGCUGUUUAGGAUUGCUCUACACAUGAUUGCCCAGCCAAGCAGGAGUUUGCCAGGAAAGGCCAUGUUCACAAAGAGACCUCCUGCCAUUGAUCCUUACCCUGGUCUAUACAACAUUGCCCAGUACUGUGGUACCUUGGACUGCUUGUUUCAUUUGUUGUCUAAUCCCUUGACUUUUGGCCAUCCCCAACUGUUUGCAGUCAUACAGGACUGUGUACGAUCACUUCUCCAGAGCCAGCAUGGUCUGAAGUUCUUAUUCUCCAAGAUAGACACCACCAAUGGCAUCAUCAAGUGUUUGUUACAGGAUGAUGGUCAGGAUGAUGGGGAGGAGAACCCUAUUCAGCAUCUCGGAGCCGAGAUGGUUAUGUAUCUGAAAACUCUGCAGUGUAUUGAUGAAAUCAGAAAUUUCCAGGCCAGAGCUCCAAAGGAACAAGAGAAUGCAGACAUUAUUCCCACAUUACAUGAGUUGUACACAAUCACCUUCACACCUCCGGGACGCCAGGCAGUCAUUGAAGUCCUCUGUAUGGAGAAAAAUCUAGAAACAUUACUGCAGCUGGUGGAAAAGAAAGGAGAGGAGGACAAGGAUAAGAGGAAGAAGUCUGUCGUCGUAGCCUACGCAAUCUCUGUUAUUCUGACCACCAUUAGACACGUCACUGAUAUGUCUGUUCUGGAGACAUUCGGAGCCAGGCUCGUGGCUCUAAGUGAGGAGGACUUUAGUAGCAAGCUGUUGGAAAUUCAAGAGUGGUUGCUUCCCCUGAAGACAGUGACAGAUCUGACACAAGAUGGUGUUGCUGCAGUAGUGGGCCACCUUAAGCAAUACACAGAAGAUCUCCAGAAGGUACCACGAGGCCUGAUCACAACCAUGAGAAUCCUCCGCCACAUGGCCAUUGCCCCAGAAAAUCCCUACCCUGAAGAUGCACCCGAGGAAUUAAAAUUCAAGUAUGCCUUAGUGGAGAUGUACAGCUUAGACUGCCUCAGUAUUUUUACAACAGUAUUGCAGAAAGUGUCGGAGAUCCUUCUACGUCCAUGGCAGAGAGGGAUACCUCAGAGUUCAGAACAGAUCACUUAUCACCUGUCGGUGGUUAGACCUACCCUAGAGAUUGUACAACAUACACUGUGUUACCUGAUCAAGGCCAGGAGUACAGAGUUUAAGGACCUGACGAGUUUACCUGUCCUGUUUGAGUUACACACUGUUCUUUGUUCUGUUCCAUUAUCAUCAAACCACAUGGAUGAACUGCAAGAGAUACAGAAGAUGAUCCUGGAUACUUUGUUGGCAUAUACACAACCAUUGCCUGCUCAAGCUGAGACUGAUGAAGUUUUGAGUGAGAGUUUAUGGACAAAGACACUGAAAGAGUUGCUGAAGUAUACAACAAAAGCCCCGUACACUUAUCUGAGUGGUUUGUUGAUCCUGUCUGAGAUGUUACCCCUUCCCCUCCCCAUACAGACAAAGGAGCCUUUGUCUGAGGAGGAAGUGAAUAUAACGAUUAACAACAGGAAGUUAUGGAGCGUCCAUCUUCACUGCCUGAGCCAGCAGAUCCAGGAGAUGAUCCAAAUCCUAGCUACAUCCACCUGUCAGCCAUUACAGCUUGUCCUACGUAGGGUGUGCUGGCAGCUCUCAGAUCUCUCCGCUGCCAGUGCCUUCAUGGUAGCCAGGUGCAUAUUAGACAUGGUUGUGGAGAGUUUUUCUACAUUGAGACGACCCCCAGAAAAAAAAGAUGAAGGGGAAACUACUGAAGACAGGGUGGAGAGAGUUGCCUCCCCCUAUGCCAGUAAAAUGCUUAAUCUAUUGGCCUUUGUUUUAUCACAGCCAUCUGUAAAAUGUGCAUCUGUGCAGCUGAUGACUCAAAAUGGUGCUGAUUCAGAAACAUCCAAGUAUGGAGAACUAUUGCCUCAGAUGCUAGAGAUAAUGAACACAGUUUGUGAGACAAACUCCCACAUAACGAGCCAGGAGUGUAUAGUGUCAAUCAUCCAGAGUUUAUGUGACCCUGAAGUGGCUCUAGUGAUGGGAGAAAACACCUCUGUGCAAGAACAGAUUGCCCUUGCCCUGCCUAAUGGGAACUACAUGACCCAGAUAACGACAGCCCUGCUGGACCACAUGGGAAGUCCUGAUCACAGCUAUGCUUCCAUUCUACCUUGUGUUAGGACUCUGGUCAUGUUAACAGACCAUGACUAUGGAUUCUACUACUUAAAGAGUGUGUUGGAGCAGAAGACAACUGCCAUUGGUCGUCUGAUGGUUCGAAUCAACACGACCUUCAGCAAGGACAGUUCUGACUGUCUCUCCACCUUAUCCACAUUGCUGGAGUUCCUCCGCCUGCUGAUGACGGUGGAGCAGCCAUCUAAUGAGGAGUUAACUUCGCCUCGGACCUACACUCUCUCCCAACAAGAAUUACAGGAGGUUCUGUCCUGGAACCCCAGUAUGGAGAACCACCCCCUGCUGGAUCUAGAGAAACUAGUGGAGGAGAGUGCCAAGGAUGAGGAGACAUUGGAAAGUUUAUAUGAGAGUAUGACAGGACUGAUGAAGAUGUUGAGAGAGCCUGAAGGCAAGGAGAAAAAGGUAUUAACAGAGCCGCCAGCAGUGGUGGAGUCCCUUAGUAAUCUGUACAAUAAGAGGACUGUGUUCAUUGUUACUGACAUUGAGGAUGAGAGACUGAAUCCUGAGUACUGGCUGUCUAAUCCUUCAAUGGAUGUGGCCGACAUUGAGCCUGACUUGACAAUGGCUAACAUGCAGGAGAUGUGUAGAAAGUACUGCCCGGAAUUUAACCUGGAGGAGGAGCUUAAAAAGACAGUGAUCACUUCACAGGCUGAGGUCACUAAACCGAGGAGAAUCAAAAUAGGGGAUAGGAGAAAAUCACAGGAGAUCAGCAUUUAUAGAGGCAGGGGUGCCAAAAGACCAUUUGUGGCUCCAAUGCGAGGCCGUGGAAUUGCCAGAGGAAUGAUGGGAGCUAGUGGUAGAAUGGACUCGUUCCGUACUCGCACUCCAAACACCAGCCGACCACCAUCCAUGCAUGUGGAUGAUUUCAUGAAGUUAGAGAAAGGACAAGAUGACAGAGACUCUGACACUGUGUCACCAAUCAGAAGAGUAGACUCCCUUAUACAAAGGGAUGGUACCAGAAACACAGGAAGGGGGAGGAGUAACUUUGAUAGGGGAGGUAAUCGUGGAAAUAGAGGGAGAAGCAGCUUCUUCACUCCCCCUGGAACCUAUGGACGACGAGAGUCCAACAACAUUUAUGUUGGAGGAGGGGGAAUCAAUACAAUAAGUACAAGUGGGGGCAGCAGGGGAGGGUACAACAACAGCCGACCCAAACAGCAGAGCUUUGACAGCUUUGGUCGAGUGCUUCACCCAGUAUCUACUGAGAGGCCAAUGAACACAGGGCGUGACUUCCGUUUUGCUACUCAAGUCAGUAGUAGUGGUCUGUAUCAUGCGAGAGACACCAGCCAGCAGACAGGGAGGUUUGUGGGAGGUGGUUUUCGAGGCCAGAGAGAUAAUAAUGCAGACAGAGGAAGGCAUGCCAGGUCCUUCACAAAGUGAGGCGAGGAACAACAAAGAAAGACAAUAUAAAAUUAGCUUCACAAAGUGAACUAGAUACAAAUACCGUUACUGACAUUUGAUGUUGGUGAUAUGCUUUGUUAGAGAUUGCAUUCAGUGUUGUAUAGCUGUUUAGAUAAACUUAUACUUGUCUGUUAAUUAAUGGAAACUCCAAGAAUUAUUCAUAAAGGGUCCAU